AUGUUAAGUGAAAAAUAUGUCAAUGAGUCCAGCGAUGAAGAAAUAGAAACUUACGAACCUCCAAAGCAUUACAAACCAGUAAAAAGUAAUGAUUUCACCAUUGGUGAUAACAAACAAGUGUGGUUAAUCAAAUAUCCUAAAAACAUCAACUUGAAAAAUCUCGAUGAUUUACCUAUAAAUUUCAAAAAUGAAAUAAGUGAGUUCGAAAUGGAUAAGAGACAUUAUCAAGUCAAAGAAAACAUGGAAUUCAAUGAAGAUAAUAACAGUUAUCAAAUCUUUCACAGUUCAAAGAAUGCUUUCAAGGUGAACAACUUGAAGAUUAAUAGAUUCUACAAUAUCAGCGAAAAAGUCAACAUACCAAAGAUCGAUUUAGCCAAGGUUAGAAAACCUAGAAAGGAUGUUCCAAAAGUAAGAGGUUUAAGAAUGAGACAUUUCCCAACAGGUUAUGAUGCUAAUGAUUACGAUUUGAACCAAGAUGAUGAAAUAGAAGAUUUCGAACCUGUGAUUGAAGAUAAAAAGGAAAAGAAGGAAGAAAAGAAAGAAAAAAAGCAUAAGGAUAAGAAAGAUAAGAAAGAUAAGAAAGAUAAGAAGGAAAAGAAGGAAAAGAAAGAGAAAAAGGAGAAAAAGGAAAAAAAUUAA